AUGGACGUUACAUGCUCCGACCAAGCCUUUGGAUCCAGGAAACCACACCGGGGCUCCCCGGAUGGAUAUCCGUGGGAAGCCUCCAGCUCCAUCUGCCUGGAAGUUUUCCAGGACCCCGUGUCCAUCUGCUCCGGGCACAGCUUUUGCCAGGUGCACACCACUCCGAACCGGGAAGGACCCACCACUGACUUCUCCUGCCCCCGGUGUCGGGAGACGGCUUCGCACCGGAGUUUCCGCCCCAGCAGAGAGCUGGCAAACAUCGCCGACAUCGCUAGGCGGCUGAGCCGGAGGGCGGGAGGAAGGAGAGGAGCAGCGGGAUGGGAAAAUUCGUGCCGGCGGCACCAGGAAGCUCUGAAACUCUUCUGCAAGGAGGACCAGGAACCCAUCUGCGUGGUGUGCGACAGGUCCCAGGCUCACCGCUUCCACACCGUGGUCCCUGUGGAAGAAGCCGCCCAGGAAUACAAGGAAGAAAUCCAGGUUUGCCUACAGGCUUCAAAGAAGGAGAGAGAAAAAUACGUGGAGAGCAGAAAAACUGGCGCAAGGAAGAGCUCGUACCUGGAAAAAACCAAAAACGAAGGGAAGAGGAUAGUGUGUGAAUUUGAGCAAUUGCACCAAUUUUUGAAGGACCAAGAGCGCCUCCUCCUGACCCAACUGGCAGACCUGGACAGGGCCAUCGCCAAGGUCCAGGAGGAAGCGGUGGCGAAGGUCUGGGAGGAGAUGUCCCACCUCGACAGCCUGAUCUGGGAGAUGGAAGGGAAAUUCCAGCAGAAACCGCCGAGCCAAUUCCUGCAGGACAUCAGAAGGCUCCUGGACAG